GGACGUGGCCAUGGAGGCUAUGAUUCUGACUUUAGUGAUGAGGAGAAUGGAGAGAAGUCUGUGCAAAAGACUAAAAGUAUAAAGGAAGAUGGCCUUCUCAUAAAGCCAUUCCAAAAAGCAAAGCAAGGCAGCGUGGUUCACAGACAGUUCGCAGCUGAAGAAUGGGAUCGGGAAGAAGCAAGAAAAAGAAGAUGCCACUUGAUAGCAAUGGAUGCCUAUGAAAGACAUAAAAAGUUUGUGAAAGACUACAUUUUGUACUAUGGUGGCAAAAUAGAGGAUUUCCGACGUUCUGGAGCAAAUGACAAGACGGAUCUUGAUGUUAUCAGAGAAAACCACAGAUUCCUGUGGAACGAAGAUGAUGAAGCAGACAUGAAUUGGUACCUGGAACUAAUAAUACUUUUUCUUAAAAUUGCAAAGAAGUAUUAUGACAAGUUGUUCAAAGAAUACUGUAUAGCAGAUCUCAGCAGAUACAAAGAGAAUAAGUUUGGAUUUAGAUGGCGUCAUGAGAAAGAAGUAAUUUCAGGAAAAG